AUGACCUUUCUGAGAGAUCGCAUAGGAAGCUUUGACUCCAGAAUCAAGACCUUUGCAAACGGAACACUGAUUAUUUAUACGGUUACUGAAAAAGAUGCAGGAGACUAUUUGUGCAUGGCACGGAAUAAACUAGGAGAUGACUACCUGGUGCUCAAAGUAAAUGUGAUGAUGAAACCUGCAAAGAUUCAGUAUAAAAAUGAUGCUGACCACAAAGUUAUAUAUGGUGGAGAUCUAAAGGUUGAUUGUGUUGCUACUGGUGUUCCAAAUCCUGAAAUUUCAUGGAGCCUCCCAGAUGGAAGUAUGAUCAACAACAUUAUGCAAUCAGAUGAUAGUGGUACACGAUCAAGAAGAUAUGUUGUAUUUAAUAAUGGUACAUUGUUUCUGAAUGAAAUAGGAAUGAAAGAGGAAGGUGACUAUACAUGUUAUGCUGUAAACCAAAUUGGACAAGACGAGAUGCGGGUGAGCGUCAAAGUGGUGGCAGAGAAGGCAGUUAUUAAAAACAAGACUUACUCAGUUAUCAAUGUACCCUAUGGUGAUGUUAUCACUGUUUCAUGUGAAGCGAAAGGAGAGCCUAUCCCUAGAAUAACAUGGCUUUCCCCAGCCAAUCGACCCAUACCUUCUUCAUCAGAAAAGUAUCAAAUAUACAGAGAUGGUACUCUUCUUAUCCAAAAGGCUCAACGAUCUGAUAGUGGAAACUAUACAUGUCUAGCACAGAACAACGGUGGGGAGGACAAAAAAGUUGUUUAUAUUCUGGUCAAUGUUAUUCCCCCUAAAAUCAAUGGUUACUCCAAUAAAAUAAUGUCCAUAAAAGAAUCGGCAAUGAAAGAUACACGCUUGUUGAUAGACUGUAAGUCUGAAGGAAUUCCAACACCACGUGUAAUGUGGGCUUUUCCUGAAGGAGUAAUCCUUCCUGCUCCUUACUAUGGCAACAGAAUUACUGUUCAUCGAAAUGGAACUCUGGACAUUAAAGUUGUACGGAAAACAGACUCUGUACAAUUAGUCUGCAUUGGAAGGAAUGAAGGUGGAGAAGCCAAGUUAAAUGUGCAGUUAACAGUGACAGAGCCAGCAGUGAAACCUCACUUUAACAGUGACAAUGGAAAUGUUGUUGUGGCAGAGGGCCAGUCUGUUAAACUUAACUGCUCAGCUGUAGGCUCUCCACAGCCUGAAACAAUAUGGAUUCUUCCAAAUGGAACAGAGAUUCGCAGUGGUAAUCACCUCCACAGAAUGUUUCACCAACAGGAUGGUACAUUACACAUUGGUACUACAGCAGUUGGCGACGGAGGGACCUAUCGUUGCAGAGCUGUAAACAUUGCUGGAUCCGCUGACAGUCUGGUGACUUUGCAAAUUGGGCGUAAACCACAAAUAAAUAACAAUUAUAAUAACUUAGUCAGUAUAAUCAAUGGAGAAACUUUACAACUCUACUGUACCACACAAGGGGAAACCAGGCCUCAUAUCUCUUGGACACUGCCUAAUGGCAUGGUUAUCGAUGGUCCUCAGGUUAAAGGUAGAAUUUCUCUGUUACAAAAUGGCUCCCUUGUUGUAAGGGAUACUUCUGUUUAUGACAGAGGAAGCUAUCAAUGCAAAGCAACAACAGAAUAUGGUUCAUCCACAAUGAAUGUUCCUGUGAUAGUUAUAGCAUAUCCUCCACGUAUAACUACUAGCCCUGCACCUGUAAUAUAUACAAGACCAGGAAGCUCUGUUCAGUUAAACUGUAUGUCAAUUGGCAUACCAAAAGCUGAAAUAACCUGGCAGCUUCCGGAUAAAUCUUACUUAACCUCAGGAGCACAGUCUCGCUUAUAUGGAAACAAAUUUCUUCAUCCUCAGGGGACAUUAGUUAUUCAACACUCUUCAAAGAGAGAUGCAGGUUAUUACAAAUGCACAGCCAAAAAUAUAUUAGGCAACAAGAUCAAGAGUGUUGAGUCAUACCAGUACACAGCUCUGAGCACUUCUCAAGCAGCUUUAUUGGACACCAGUGAUAUCACCUGA